CUGCCUUCACCUGUGUUCACCUGUGUUCACCUGUCUUCACCUGUCGAGUUUAAACCCGGUCCAGGUCGAUCUCUGCAGAAGAACAUGGACAGGUUGAGUCUCCUGGCCCUGUGUCUCCUGGUCUGUACCGGCCAGACUCUGCACUGUGACUGGGACCAGUCCAUUGAUCCGGAUCAGGGUCUGGACCUGUCCCUGAUUGGCGCUGUCAAGAUCUCUGAAGUUCCGGACCCGGAGAGCUGCCGGGCCAAGUGCUGCGCCGACCCGGCCUGCGACCUGGCCCAGGUGAGCUUCCCGCAGGACGGGACGCCGCUGUGCCUGCUGGUGGGCUGUCUGGACCGGGACCGGGACGUGUGCGUCCUCAGGCCCGGAACACAGUCCAAGGUUUACCGCAAGAAGGGGAAGAGGGAGGCCGACCGAGAGCCGCAGGGAGGCGGGGAGAGGCCGCGCGUCGUCCCGCUGAUGGAGUCCUGGAAGCCGGAGAGCAACCAGACCAAGAACCAAACGUCUGCUGCUGACUACGCUGAACACUGUGGGGCGGAGCCUCAGGUGGGUCCCUGCAGAGCAGCGUUUCAGCACUGGUACUAUAACAGUGAGACAGGCAGCUGUCAAUCAUUUAUCUACGGAGGCUGCAGAGGAAACAAGAACAACUACGUCAGCAAGGAGAGCUGCAUGGCAACAUGUGCAGUCAGAUUGCUUCCCUCCUCCAAGAAAGGUGCUGCUGAGGAUGAAGUUUCAACAGAAUACAAAGAUGACUGUAUGGCGACCUCUGACCCCGGUCCCUGCCGGGCCGCCUUCCCCAUGUUCUACCACAACCCAAACACUGGCACCUGUCAGUCAUUCAUUUAUGGAGGUUGUGGUGGAAACCAGAACCGCUACGGCACCAUGGAUGAGUGUUUGAGCCGCUGCAGACGAGACGGUUCCUUUGACCAUCGUGGAAAAGUUCGUGACCGUUGGACUGCAGCUGUCUUCCUCUUCGUCACUCUGGCAGCCAUUUCUGCUCUGCUGCUGGUUUCACUCGUCGUCAUCACGCUGAGACGCCACAGUCUGUUCCGCCGUCCGUCUUCCAUCAGUGAUAAGGAGGAGCUGCUUCCAGAUCCAGAUGAGCAGUCCUCUCUGGAGUCUCUGGCCAUCCCAGAGAGCCCAAAACCAGACAAGGUCUGAGAAGAGGGUCCGCAGCCCACUGAGUGUCCGGUGCCCACUGAGGGUCCGGGGCCCAAUGAGGGUCAGUUCUGUAACAUGAUCUUGUAGCAGAACCGGCUCUGGUCUGAUUUGAUACCUGCUAUAACUUCUGUAGUGUGAAUGUUGAUUCAAUGAUAAGUUAGGAAAAGAUGAUCUACAUUACAUUAAACUUUCAUUUGAAGUAAUUUAUUAAGUUAACCCUACAAUCAUUUUUAGUGUCCAGUUUCCAUAAAGUCUGUAUUAUUUUAAUAAUCCUAAAUUACUUUGUCACUUUGAUUCUUGGGACCUAAGUGGUGGUUUGACAUCACGUUUGAUAUUUAUGGGUUAAACAAUUAAAUAUGUAAUCAGCAGUGUGUUUUUUAAUGAGUUGAACGGUGCUGGAGUGCACCAUGUUAAAACAAGAAAAAUAAAAAAUGGAUCAUAAUAAGACGCAGCAGGGACCUUCACUGGAGCCUGCAUUUCCCAUGAUGCAGCAUGAUGGUCUUUCAUUAGAGUCUCUAAGAUGCUCACUUCUUUCUUUGACUUGAUGGAUUAGUCAUUUAUUGAUUAUGAGUUAGUGACUGGUCAUCCAACCAGGUGUUUUUUAUUAUUACAGAUGAGUUUAAUGAUCAGGUAACCAGGUUACCAUCUCUGUAAAUCAGCAGCAGUUUGACGACAAACGGACCUCAUGUUGUGUUUUUAUUAUAAUACAAGUUUAUCUGUUACAGCAUAAAAAAACAGUCCAAACAAAUCCAGCCUGGGUUUAAUAUUCUGUUUGAUUCAUCAAUGAUUCAGUAAGAUGUAAUAAUGAUAUUAGAUGUUUCUGUCAUUAUGUUUUUGAAGUGACUUCUCUGUGUGAACUGAACUUUCUCAUUAAACUUUAUUAAC